AUGUCAUCUCCUCUCGGUGGGAAUCUCAACCCGGCGGUCGAUUCUGCCGGCGGGCUCCUCAGCCCUGCCUCCUCCCGAUUUCUCUCCUCGUUGGACACGAGCCCAAUUAGGGCCACGCUUUUCCCUGGCGACGGGAUAGGGCCUGAGAUCGCGGAAUCUGUGAAACAGGUUGAUCCUUGAAAGAGAUGACGGCAUUCCCAGUGCCGUAAUUUUUUUGUUUUUCAUUUUAUCGUCUGCGUUGAUCUCAUCUGAAAUUGAGCUUUACCUUCACUUUUUUGAAGUCAAACCUAUUAUAGUUUUUAAUUUAUUUUUAUGAUUUUUUAUAUGUUUUUUUCUCAAUGGCUUCCGCGGAAUUUUCUUCUAUUGACUUUGGUGAUGGAAGGAUUUGCUCAGUCGAUUUGACGACCCUCGGCUCAUAAUUUUUGGGAUCAUGUUCCUGCGUCUCAUUUAGGUAUCUGUAUUUACUUAUUUAGAAUGUAGGUAUACUAAACUGGCUACUGCGGGAUUCUCUGGCUUCCAGGAGGAUACAUGGAUUAGAAAUUAGAUUAGGAUGCUUGGAUCCGUUCUAGUAAAGUUUCAGUUUCAUUAUUGAAGCUUUUUUAUUUCUUCACCCACAUUUAAACAGUAUUUUGAAGAAAUGUAGUGGAAAAUUAAUGCUGGCAGUGGAGCUGGGGCUGAAUCAGGGUUUUCUUUUCUACUGGACUCGUAGAGAUAUCGUUUCUCCACAUGAUUUAUUUACCCCUUCAAAUUAUUUGAAGAGGAUAGUUUGCUUCUUAUCUGAUAGGGACUGCCAAUAGAAACAUAUUUCAAGCCUGCAACUUAUGAUGAGCUCAGUAUUUGUUCAACUGAAGGAAAAUGUGUCAUGGUGGUUGGGAAUUUUCCAUCCAGGUGGUGGCAACAGUAGAGCACGAUUAGUAGAAUUAGAAAAGAGGAGGUAUGUUGGCAACAGGAGAAAGAAUUGGGAUUGAAUCAACUUUCUUCGAUUGAUUGUUUGGAAUUACGUCCAUAAGGCACUGUUCUUCGGUGUAAUCUGUAGGGGUCAUUGUUAAUACUCCUGCUUACUGAUUUGGAGAAUCUCAAGUGUUAUUUUAGUAUUGGUGUUGUUUUUGGUCGAUCUAUGGAUGGUGCACGAGAUUUUGUGUUGGGAAACUAUUGAUCAAACUUGCCAAACGUGCUGUCAGUGCUGCAGAGAAUCUUACUUCUCACGUUGGAUGCUAUUUCUAAUGUUUAAAAGAUGGAAUGUCCUACAAGAGACCUUUGUCAGAUCUAAAAUUUAUGAGAAAUCUGGCUGAUCACAUGCUAUAUGUCCAAAUGGAAUAGUCACACAGUUCUGUUGACAGGCAAUUUCUCUCUAUAACCAAUUCGACUCCUUAUGUUGUUAUUUCCAAGAAAACCAAGUUGAAUUAAGUCAAUUCAUUUGCAGACCCUACCAAAUCACGUGAGCUUACGAACAACUUUCUAAAUAAUGCUGGAUUUGUAACAUUGUUCCUCUCUUGGCCUGUUUGACACGUAAUAACAAUAAAAAAUUUCGGCGAACCAUCCUGACUCUCCUGAGUUGGAUCAAAUCAGCAAAAUAUAGCUGUAAAAAGGCUUUAAAGGAAAGGUCUUUGUGGAGUAUACUUCCAUGUAUAUGCUUUAAGUUCUCUAUGUCAUUUAGAAACCCUUCUGCAUCUUAGGCUGAACUGUAUCGCAUCUUCCCUUUAGUACAUAUUGUGAUCCAUCAACCCUGUUAGAAAACCUGGUCUGUGUUCAAAUCAACUCUAUGUUGUAACAUAUGAACAUUAAUGUUGUUGACAUGAAAAGGUGAGGAGCAUCUGAUAUUUCUUGGUCAUCAGAUUUUCUAAGUCAGGGCAUGGCAUCAGUGCAUACAAUCUAUCACUUACGAUGGGGUUUCCUGUGGCUGGAAUUGCAACUGCUUUUUCUCAGUUCUACCUUAAACCUUGAACAUAUUCAUCAUCAUCACUCCCACUGUGUUCUCAUGAUUACCCAAUGUCAUUGACUGUAGCAGUAGUACUGAUCUUAAUUUCAGGGCUUUUUAUCUUGCUAUCCAAUGUCAUAUUUCAUUAGCUGUUCUUUAUCUGGCCUUCUGAUCAGCUUUAUAUCCAAAAGGGUAUUGAAAGAACUAAUUUACGUAAUGAUUUUGGCCAUAAAGAACAAGAACAGACCAACCAGGCAUUGGGUUCCCUGGGUCUGGGUGUGGGGGCAGAUGUAUUCUAAUCGAUAUAUAUUGGUGAUAGAUCAGUCGAACGGAUCAGGCCUAGGACCCGUUCGUAAUUUUGGGCUCAUGGAUAGCUCGUGUUACAUUGGUCUGGCUGGAUCCAGGCUUUCUCAAACUGGCCCCAGCCUUGUCCAAUUCACCUUGAUUUUGACAUCCCUAUCUUUGACCUGAAGAAUUCUAUUUCAAUCAUGUCUGAUUCUCUUCAUCUUUUAACUGACAAAUGAUGAUUGUUUUGGUGAACAGUCAAGAAUACGAAGGGUUGAGUUCGUAUGAGGUCAGAGGCACAAAAGGGGACAUCAAUACAUCCUAUAAUUCUGAUGCUGUUUAUCCUUUUGGACUGAAAGUCACUAGCCUAGCUUCUAUAAGAGUUGAAUGGCUAUAUGGGUUAUGCUUUGCAACAUGCGACAAUGCUUAAUAUGCUGAGCUCAUCAUAAGUUGAACAAAUACUGAGCUCAUCAUAAGUUGAACAAAUACUGAGCUCAGUAUUUGUUCAACUGAAGAAAUAUUGUCGCAUGCUCAAUAUGCUAAUAUUUCUUCAUUCGUUCCUACAAUCUAUAGUAUGCAUUUCAUGUUAAAGGUUCCCAAUUAUUCAUUAUUUAUUAAUUUUCUAGGCCAUUCUUAAAUAUUGCACAGGUCUUUAACGCAGCUGAAGUCCCCAUUGAAUGGGAAGAGCAUUUUGUUGGGGACAAAGUAGAUCCCAGAACUGAGAGCUUCCUAACAUGGGAAAGCUUGGAGUCAGUGCGACAAAAUCUGGUGGGCUUGAAGGGUCCCAUGGCUACUCCAAUUGGAAAGGGGCACCGGUCCUUAAACCUAACCCUGAGAAAAGAACUUGGUCUUUAUGCCAACGUCAGGCCUUGCUAUAGUCUUCCUGGCUACAAAACCCGUUACGACAAUGUGGACCUUGUAACAAUUCGUGAGAAUACCGAAGGAGAGUACAGUGGCCUUGAACACCAGGUUGGUGCCUUGACAAGAUGUUAAUGGGUACUCUGUUUCUGAUUCACCUAGACAUCUGUGUAUAUAUUUGUAUUAAUUUAAUCUGGACUGCUCUAGGUUGUACGAGGUGUUGUUGAGAGCCUCAAAGUCAUUACACGUCAAGCAAGUCUCAGGGUGGCAGAAUACGCUUUCCAUUAUGCCAAGACCCAUGGCCGGGAAAAGGUUUCUGCCAUACAUAAAGCCAACAUUAUGAGGAAGACCGAUGGUCUCUUCCUCAAGGUAUGGACAACUCAUCUGGGUACCCUCUCCUUCUCCGUCGUAAGUAACUGGAUUUUCUAACAAGAUCUACUAAUUCUUAUCCUCAGUGUUGCCGGGAGGUGGCUGAGAAAUACCCAGAUAUUACUUAUGAGGAAGUCAUCAUCGACAACUGCUGCAUGAUGGUAUAAUCAUGCUGCAUCUUCUAAAACUAAAUUGUUCAAAAAUGUAAUUUUUUAUUCGUGAUGUAAUUAUUAUUGUCCAGGGUGCAUAUUUAUAUUUGAAAACAUUUCUUUGAUUAUGUUCUGAUCUACUAAAUAUGAUUUAUGUAAAGUUUAUAACUCUUUGUUUUAUAAGAUCAUCUGAUCUUACAAUCUUUUUGCCUUUUCGACAGCUUGUGAAGGACCCGACUGUCUUUGAUGUACUUGUAAUGCCCAACUUAUAUGGGGACAUCAUCAGCGACCUCUGUGCGGGAUUAAUCGGAGGCUUGGGCCUCACUCCGAGGUAAUAAAUUCACCAUUUUUUUCUGGUUACAUUCAUCAUAGCUCUUAAAAUUGUGAUAGCACCGUUUAUUUCUGCAAGUAAGACAUGAGUUUGGGUUGUGUUUGAUCUUUUGUGUGCAUAAUGUCUUAUCCAGUUGCAACAUUGGGGAGGGAGGCAUCGCUCUUGCAGAGGCUGUUCAUGGAUCAGCACCAGAUAUUGCAGGGAAAGUGAGUCAAAUGUUCCUGUUUCUCCCCUCAUCAUUUUUAGUAUAUAUGUUCAUAAACUUGCACGCAUGCAUAUGCAAAUAAUAUGUAUGUAACUUGAAUGGCCUGGGUUAUGUACCCAUGGUCAGCCAAGAAUCGCCCCCCAAAUCAGUUCUUCAACUCGGAUUGGCCGGUUCCAGGGCAUGAAUGUCUACCAUAUGGUGCUCAAAGGGCCCAUUAUUCAAGGCCCGGCCUGAUAUCUGAGUGCCUACUUUUGGAUCGGUCAGCCUUCCGAGUAAUCCUCAUCUUCUUUAUAUUCAGAACCUGGCGAACCCAACUGCCCUGCUGUUGAGCUCUGUCAUGAUGCUGCGGCACUUGAACUUGAAUGACAAAGCCGAACGGAUCCACAGAGCCAUCCUCAACACCAUCGCGGAUGGGAAGUACCGGACUGGUGACCUCGGUGGCACCGCCUCCACGGCGGACUUCACCAAGGCUGUGUGUGGUCAUCUCUAA